AUGAACAGAGAUGACGAUGGACAAUGGUUUGUGCAAUGCCGGGUGUAUUGCAUCUUACUCACUGUUGUCUCUGCAGUGUCACAGUGGUGCCAGCAGUUUCAAUUCACAGGUCGUAGAAACAGUCCAGAGACACCGGAACAGAAACUGCUGCAAGGUUUGCAGAUUUUGUUGAAAGAUACUUUGCAGGCCUCUAGCUCCGGAGCCUCAAACAAAAAAGGCAAGGGUAAGGGCUCCGGCAAAAGUAGUGGUAAAAGCCUACCUUCCAAACAGAGAGAUGCGAACCAUGAUGGCAGCUAUGGGCUGAUUCAAGCCUUGCAAAAGCUAACUGCCCGAGCCGCAAAGAAACCACAAGGGUUGCUCCAAAGGUUGAAAACAUUGGUUCAAGUUACUGAACGUGGUAUGUUGCGACCAAACAAGAGAAAGAAAGAUCUGCCGCCGCAUGAGGCGGUCCCGCCAGUGAAACCAAGCACACGAUUCAAAAGUUCAGAAAAUUUGGUAGAUGGUGCUCCUAAGCCAAAAACACGAUGGCAACGCGACAGAUCCUGGAAAGCCCGUGCCCAGGACUGGGGCGUCAAAACUGUUUUGCGUGGCCCCACAGCUCUGUGCAACGCUCUUGACAGUGGGGACACCGGUGCUCUCCUGUGUCAAGUACAAAAUCUGGAUGAUUGGAAUGAAGCCCUCCAAAUUUCUCAUGCUGCUGGUCGCACCAAUGUCACGGUUGUUCUUGAAGCUGCACCUAACAUGUCUCCAGAACUUGGCAAAUUGAGAUAUCAUGGUUGGACAGCCUUGAACACACGUGCAGCUGGUUAUGCCGAUGAUAAAUUGGUCCAGCGCUUGGUUUGGAUUGCGCGGUGCUCGCCAAAUGCACCCACAUUGGUUCCAGGAUCCGUGCUGACAGGCGCCAGGCGGCCUGUUGUCCAGAAACACGGCCAUGAAGCUGAAAACCUGGUUCGAGGAUUUGCUCGCGUCAAAGGCAAAGACAGGGCCCUGCAGUUGAUUAAAGCGAGCGGCUCAGAACACAAAGGAAAUGUCCAGCCGUUGAAAGCAGAAAAUGAUGAUGAUCGCGGUAACGAAGCUAUGGAUGUCAGUCUGAUUAGCGUCCCAGAUGCAAGUGAUGUUGAGGAUGAGCCCAUGCAUGUCCAGGGCACCAAACGCAAAGACCAGGCCAUGUUGACCAGCCCGCAAAAAACUGGUCAUGACAAAAAGAGGAAAGUGCCCGAGAGGCUUCAAAAAGUUCCGAACCCUGGGGAAGGGAAUUGCUUGUUUUACUGUCUAGCUCAGGCGGAGUCUACCCCAGGUAAGUCCCGCAGCCACAGGCAGGUGCGUGCAUUUGUUGUUGCCUACAUGACCAAACACUUCAAGAAAUACGAGGAUUUCUGGGACGGUUUAAGCCCGAGCAACAUUCCCAUGGAGGGUGGGUUUGACGAUUAUUUACAAGCCCUUGAAAAAGAUAAAGCUUGGGCGGGAUAUUGUGAAAUCGAAGCAUAUGGCGAAGCCAUGCGCCGACCUGUACUUGUUGUGCAUGCCAAGGACAAUGUUGUCCAUGCUUUUAAUAGUCAUGGCGAUAAGGAUGUUGUCUGUCUCUGGUACAAGGAUGAACAUUAUGAGCUUAUUGUUCCUUCAGACGCAGAUAUUCAGGCCCUGUGGCAGAAUGCUGAAGACGGUGGCACCAAGGGUUACCGCGGGGCCGCAAAGAAGGCACGCUUGGCUGCCGACAAUGCCCCAAAAGGGGCCACCAGAGGCGACUCCAUUCUUCGCCUUUGCAAGAGAGCAAGCGUGUCACCUGAUGUACCUCACAGAAGCAUUUUGCCUUGGAAGCUGAAGCAUCGCCAGAUGUAUGUGCAACUCAACAAGUUUGCCAAGGAGCAAGGUCCUUGUGGCGGGCGGACUGCUCGUGCCGAGUGGUUAGCCAUGCCUGGUCGCCAAAAAUGCUGGCGUCAGGCUCCCAAAGAGCGCCAAGAGGCGCUGCACAAGGCUUGGCGUUUGAGUGCUACUGAGCGUAGGCAGAUACCUGCACUUUGGGUAGGUGAUUGGAACGAAACUCCUGAUGACAACGCCGCAUCCAUUUUCUUGAAUGGCAGUGUUCUGGCUGUCACGGAUCCUGAUCAAUGGGAUCCCGACCAAGAUUGGGCAUAUUUUCACCAGUUUGCUGAAAAGAGCAUGCGUGAAGCAUUGCACUUGUGUGGCCAGCCCGUGCCUAGGCCGCUCUCAGAGCCUCGGGGUCUGCAGCCGGAUGUGACGGUUGGUUUGGCCAUUGAAAACAUGCAACUGCAAGGGUUGCCAGAUGAGUGGGCUAACAUUUUGAUGUUUGUAUGGGGUCAUCAAGUGCGAUGGCUGUGCUUGGGGAAAGCUGUGCACCCAACGCCGGAGCAUGUCCAGACCUCCAUGCCGCAAGGUGAUGCCUUUGCACCUCUGGCUCUUAUCAUGUUGCUCAUUAGGAUGCCACGACCUGGAGGCUGGCAGAGUUUCAUUUGCGCACGCAUGCGAGAGCUGAACUGGGAAUUUCGCGGUCCAUGGAUGUUUGCACAUGAGGAUUUGGGUCAUGUCGAUUUAUCCAAUCCAGAUGAAGCUGUUGUGAAACUCACCGAGCACAAGGUGAGAGAAAGUUGGCGCCGAGUGCAAUUUGCCCUUUGGAAAAAGCAGUCCCUGAAGAUGAAUUGCAAAAUCGUCUUGCUUGGCCCACACGUGGGUGUGAUGCCUAUGAUAGAGCGGUUCUUCACCACAUGGCCCGGGUCAGGGCCACUGUGCGUGAAAACAUACCUGUCCCUUGACAAUGUGCUGAGCCGCAUCGUGCUGAUGAUAUCGCCGUACGCAUCAUUUCUGAGUCUGCACGCUGAAGGCGGCCGCUUAAAACCGAGGUGUUUAUCUGAAAGCUGGAUGCAAUUUAUUUUGGCGAUCGUCGAUGAGUCGCAUGAUGUAUUCCGGUCCACUGAGUAUCAUAGUUUUUUUGAUUACAAGGUUGAGGCGGAGCAAUGUUUGUUGCUCUCCAGUAAGUCCCAAGCAUCAGGAGAUGAGUUUACUUUUACAGGUGUCGCGGCGCUGAACCUCACUGAAAUCGUGAGAAGCAGCCAACGGAUCGUUGCAGCAUCAGCUGCGUUUCAAGGGAGCCCUGAGGAGAAGGAGGGUGUCGCUUCACUGUGCCCAGCUGGGCCUCCUCUGAAGUCUUUUUUGUUUGAGUCAGAUCGUGACACUGUGGAUUAUGAGAAGCAUGCAGAGAAGACAGUCGCUGCACUUUGGGAUUUGAUGGGGACCUAUGCAGACCUCAGCUUUCACCGACGCAUAGCUCUUCUUGUGCCAAAAGAUUUCCUCAAGAACUUCAAGCAAAGAAUGCAAGACCAUUUGGCUCAUCGCUUCGCAGGGCGAAACUUUGCGCUUACAUCAUUUCAGGACGCCCUGUCUGUACUUCCCAACCGCGAGGAGAAACAAACCAUGGCUGAGGUGAUCAUCAUGGACACAGUGGAGAAUUGCAAGGGCUUGGAGCAAUUGAUAGUUGUUUGCAUUGGUUUGGAUGAAAGACUGGGAAGCCAGAAGACCAAUUACGAAACUCGCGCUUCAAUCUACCAAGCCAUCACCCGAGCGCAGCUUCAAGCCAUUGUGGUGAACCAGCGUCUUCAAGGUGGUUGGUUUGAAUUCUUAGGAUUGGUGAAGUUUAAGGAGGAUAUUUUUGAUGAGUUUUCAGCUAUGGCAGAGACCGACACCCAAGCUGCUGCUCAGAGCAUCUCCCAAGCAGUGCCAUCAGGGGAUGCACACCGGUCAGAGUUGCGGCCUCCGCUGAUGAGAGGUCAAAGUGAGCCCUCAACACACGAUGAGUUGAAAGUGCAGGACUCCUGA